CGGUUGAACCAAGUCCGGAGAAUUUUCUGAACCUCCGUCCUAUCCUAUCCUCAUCUUCGACAUUAGAGGUUAAACUUCCAGUCCAGGAGGUUCUAUAUACAACCUCUAGUAGCCUCUAUACAAAGCUUUACAGCCUCUAAACACAGAUAACUUUCAACUGAAACAAAGCAGAAGUAGGUUCCUCAGAGAACGCCCCUGAAGUUGAGAGGAUAGGACCCCUGCUGCAUGAUUAAACUGUAUCGCCUCUGAACACCUAGAAUAAGAUCCAAUGACGCCCCUGCUCACAAGGGUGGACGAAUACGCGGAGGAUACCCCAACUCCUAUGAAGAAGGGAUAUCCUAAAGGAGAAAUCUACGAACACACUCCGAAGAUGAACAGCAAUGGAAAGAAGAACAGUCAAGAUCAUCUAGCAUGUGAAGAGGGACCAGGAAUCUGUGCUCAUCUUCUAACUCUCUUCUCGAUGCUUCUUAUUUUCCUUUCUCUUCCAAUCUCUCUCUGCUUUGUAGUUAAAGUUGUACAGGAAUACGAGAGAGCCGUUAUCUUCCGUCUAGGACGUCUGCUGGCCGGCGGGGCUAGAGGUCCUGGUGUAUUCUUUAUAAUACCCUGCGUUGAUAUCUACGAGAAGAUUGAUAUGAGAACUCAAACAUUUGACGUCCCCCCACAAGAGGCGAAUGCGAAGCCUGGGGCUCAAUCACCAUUCUUGACGAUUCUGACCAAGGACAGUGUUACGGUGUUUGUCAACGCAAUCAUGUACUACAAGGUGAAAGAUGCAACAUCAGCUGUUACCAAUGUAGACGACUACAGUGGAUCUGCCAGGUUACUUGCUGCAACAACUCUACGUAACGUUCUGGGAACCAAGAACCUGGGAGAUAUUCUUUCAGAACGAGAAUCGAUAGCUCAGGAAAUGCAGUCCACCCUUGAUGAAGCUACAGAUCCUUGGGGAGUUCAGGUAGAGAGGGUAGAAGUAAAGGAUGUUCGUGUUCCAGAGCAGCUUCAACGGGCCAUGGCAGCAGAAGCUGAAGCAGCAAGAGAAGCUCGUGCAAAGGUCAUAGCUGCAGAAGGAGAACAUAAAGCUAGCAGAGCUCUGCGGCAUGCAGCAGAAGUUAUUGUAGACAGUCCAGCUGCAUUACAGUUGAGAUACCUGCAGACCUUGAACAGUAUAUCCGCUGAAAACAACAGUACAAUCAUAUUCCCUGUUCCAAUAGAUAUCUUGUCUCACCUCAUGUAUCCCAGGGCCCCUACUGCCCCAGCUGCUCAAAUCCCGACCCCUGUUCCAGUUCCAACGGUUCCUAUUCACGGCCCAGUCUAGAUAUAAGAAAUGAAUCUUUGCGCGCAAUUUCUAAAAAUGCCGCAAACUCAUGUAGUAUUUGUCGUCUUUAAUUACUGAGGGCUAAAAUGUUGUGGCAUUUAUUGUGAAGGGAAAUCAGAAUUUAUCCGAUCAAAAUAAUAAUGUGUAAAUUGAACUAUCAUCAAUUUUUUUAAAAUAUCAAUAAAAUAUUAAAAUCC